AUGAUGAUGCACCAAGGGGUGGUUCAUGAGAAACCCGAGGCCUGUGCUUGGAUGGCAGGUGGAGAAGGUGACACUGAGGAAGGGGACAAUAAGCAGAGUCCCAAUAUUGGAGAGGGCUCGGAUCUUGUUAUUGGAGGGUCGAACCGUGACCACCUUGAUGGUUCUAUGGUGGGUUUCGAGAUUAAAAGGAAGAAAAGGAUGCCCAGACAGAGGAGAUCAUCUUCUACUAUCAAUCACCUUCUCUCUUUCGCUGCUAAUGCUUCCUGCUCUGCUACCAGUCACUUGCACGUGCCUACCUUCUCUCUUCCUCUUCAAGACCCUUCUUCUCCCCCCGCACGUGUCAUUGAUCCAAGGAGACUAAGAUUCCUUUUCCAAAAGGAACUUAAGAACAGUGAUGUAAGCUCUCUGAGGAGAAUGGUACUCCCAAAGAAAGCAGCUGAGGCAUAUCUCCCUUUUCUGGAGUCCAAGGAAGGGAUUUUUAUCAGGAUGGAUGAUUUGGAUGGUCUACAUGUUUGGAGCUUCAAGUACAGGUACUGGCCUAAUAACAAUAGCCGAAUGUACGUACUUGAAAACACAGGGGACUUUGUUAACGCUCAUGGAUUACAGCUUGGAGACUUUAUUAUGGUAUACAAAGAUCAUCAAAGUCAGAAUUAUGUCAUCCAAGCUAAGAAGGCCUCAGAUCAAAAUGUAUAUACUGAUAUAGCUAGAAAUGCAGUCAAUGACUUUGUUCUUCAUGACUGUGAAGUUAACAAAUUCAGCUCCUUCUAUGUGAAUUAUCCUGUGGUUGACAAUACAGGCUUGUCGUUUAUCUAUGACACCACUACCUUCUCAAAUGACUCACCACUUGAUUUUUUGGGUGGAUCAAUGACUAAUUUCUCAAGGAUCGGUCAUCUGGAAAGCUUCGGUUCUGUUGAGAACUUGUCUCUGGAUGACUUCUAUUAG